AUGGUGAAUGCUAAGUUGGAUGCAUUGACAAAGAAAUUUGAGAGAUUAGAUAUGAAGGUUGUAAGAACUUCUAGUUGUGAGAAUUGUGGAGGGGAUCAUGCAAACUUUGAAUACCAAAUGGGUACCCACUAUGCACAUGAGCCUACAAAUGAGCAAGUUAAUUUUCUCAAUUACAACCAAAGGAGACAGGGUAAUCCUUACUCAAAUACAUAUAACCCAGGUUGGAGGAACCACCCAAACUUUGCAUGGUCAAACCAAGCCAAUACUUCAAACCCAAACCAGAAUUUUAGGCAGCCACCUCCAAGGUUCCAAGCUAGAAACACUAACCCCCAACCUUUACAUCAUCCUCAGCCUCCUCAAGAGCAAAAAUCAAAUCUAGAAUUGAUGAUAGCGAAUUUCAUUCUUGCCCAAAAACAAAAGGCCAAUGCUCAAGAUGAAGCAAUUAGACAACUUACUGCUAAGGUGGAUCAAUUGGCCACACAUAAUAAGAUGCUUGAAGUACAAUUGGGGCAACAAGCAAGUACUUCCAAUUCUAGGGAAAUGGAAAAGCUACCUAGCCAACCUCAAAAUCCAAGGGAGCAUUGUAAGGACGUUGAAAAGUCUAGUGAAGAAGAUACAUUAGAGAAAAAGGUUGAGGGAAAUAUCCAAGAAGCCCCUGAAAAGCAAGUUCCAUCAAAAACAUAUUCAACACCUUUGCCUUUUCCUCAAAGGUUCCAAAAGGCAAAGCUUGAUCAACAGUUUGGAAAGUUUUUGGAUGUUUUCAAGCAGAUACAUCUCAAUGUUCCUCUUAUGGAGGCUAUAACUCAAAUGAAACUUGAAGAAUUUGAAAUGGUGGCUCUUUCAGAGGAAUGCAGUGCCAUUUUACAAAAUAAGUUGCCACCAAAGCUUAAGGAUCCAGGGAGUUUUUCUAUUCCUUGUGUAGUUGGUAAAGAAUCUUUUGAAAAAGCUUUAUGUGAUCUUGGUGCAAGUAUAAGUCUAUUGUCUUUAUCUAUUUGCAGGAGAUUGGAGCUCGGAGAAUUAAAACCUACAACAGUGACCUUGCAAUUGGCAGAUAGAUCCAUAAAGUAUCCUUCAGCGAUAAUGGAAAAUGUGCUAAUUAAAGUUGGAAAAUUUUAUAUCCCUAUAGACUUUAUGGUUUUGGAAAUAGAAGAGGAUAUUCAAGUUCCUCUUAUUCUGGGAAGACCAUUCUUAGCCACAGCAGGAGCAAUCAUUGAUGUUAAAAAUGGAAAACUCACUUUUGAGAUUACAGAAGAGAAAGUAGAGUUCAAUGUUUUUCGAAUGUCAAAGCAACCUAAUAUUGUGAAUUCUUGUUGUAGGGUUGACAUUAUUGAUGAUUGCGUGAAAGAAGUCUUUAUCAAGAAAUACCCUGAGGAUCCACUCGAGUCAUGCAUUAUUCACGGAACUUUAAUCAAAGAUGAAAAUAUGGAAAUUGCAGCUUAUGCUCAGCUUAUGGAAGCAAAUCCUAAGGCUACUCCCAUUUUGAAUUUCAAGUAUGAAGAACUCGAGACAGGUAACCGUUCUCUUCUUUCUCUUAAAGCGGAAGAUGCAACUAAGAUAGAUCUUAAACCACUUCCUGCUAAUUUGAGGUAUGCUUUUCUUCGCCCUAAUUCUACUUAUCCUGUGAUUAUAAAUGUUGAAUUAAAUGAUGACCAAGAAGAUAAGUUGCUUAGGGAACUUAGAGCAUAUAGAAAAAUCAUUGGUUAUAACAUUUAUGAUAUCAAGGGAAUAAGCCCUACCAUUUGCAUGCAUCGCAUCCAUAUGCUUGAUGAUUUCAAACCUACCAUUGAACAUCAAAGAAAAUUGAAUCUUAUCAUGAAAGAGGUAGUGAGAAAUGAAGUCAUUAAAUUGUUGGAUGCAGGGAUUAUUUAUCCCAUUUCUAAUAGCUCAUAG